GUAUAGAAUAAAUAGAAUAUGAUUUGUCUUGAUAAAGAUUAAAGUGACACUUCAGUGGCAUUUUCUGUCGCCAUUUUUUUACGAAACCACCACCUCAAGCAAUUUAUUAUUCAGUAUGAAAAAAUAAGGUACUCGGGACACAUUUUGUGUGCCUUUAAAACUGCAUCUGUACGAUCAGCUGUAUGCUAGCUUAUGUCUGUGUGUAAACCAAGACAGAUAUGUGAACAUAUGCAACUGAUCACUAUUUAUAUGAUUCCCGAAGUAACAAACAUAUGCAAGUAGAAGGCUAUAUGCUGCAUAUCUACAUAUUUUUUAUGUAUUUAGUAAGCAAUGAAAAUGGUAGUUGAUAUGAAUUAUAAUUACUUCACAACAAGUUCUCUUAAAACGUAACCUGAAGGAUUGAUAUGGAAACGAGUUUAUGUGGAUGGUGUGUAUGAUUGUUAGUGACACCUAGAUGAGGAAAUUUUUAAAGCCUCUGGUACAGUAGACAGUGUAUAUACACUAUGAAUACUUUUCAUGUGCUUAGUAAUAUUGUAAAUGAUUCUGAUAACGGCCUUGAACUCAUAUUAGUCUAAUAUAUCUAACAGGCUAUUCAUCAUAUCCUGGAUAAUGACUGUGAACAUCUCAUUGACUGACAGAUCAGUUAUUUUUAUGUGCAGCACUACUCCCCAGGGAGCGUCAGUAACGAAGUGCUGGUAAAUGCCUCCUCAUUGGCUCUUGGCUGCUUGGCCCUUCUUUCCUCCAUGAGCAAACAUGAUUGUGUGCUAAAUUUGAACCCGAGGGUCCUUUGAAAGUUGGGAUCAAUUUCACUGGCAGGCCUUCAUGAUGACUCGCUCGUAUAAAUAGGCAGCCUAUAAAAAGCUCCUGGCCUCUCGUGGGCUUUGUGCAAUGGUCAGAGUACACAUGGUAUGAGAAUUGAUUUGAAAAUAGCAAUUCUAUGAAAAUGUCAGAUAUAUAUGUAACUGUGUAGGCUUUUGUCAGAGGUUGUGUAUUAUCCAUUAGAUAAGACGGGUGCUCACGGGUUAAAUGCAGAGCAUAAAUUCUGAGUCUGGGUCACCAUACUUGGCUACACUUCACUUCACAAAGCUGUAUUUUAAGGAUAAGUUUGGUGUUGGACUGGAGGAGACUCAUUUUCAUUUUAGCUUUUCUGUUUCAUACAACAGCUAACCACAUGAUGCAGGUGUACGAAGGAAAGUUUCAGGCAUCAUAUCCAAAAUGCAAAACUAAUAUUCUUAAGAAUUAAUAUUCUUAAUUCAUCACAGCAGUUGUUUAAAAUGUGGCGCCUCCUAAAAACGUGUAUCUUGCUGAUAAACUGGUGUAACUGGUAUAAUACCGACAUCUUUGAAAUACUGUGCGUUCUUCCUGAAAGCUCACAUGACCACACAUGCAAAUUGUCUUAAUGAUGCUAAAGCCUGUGCAGGCAGCGAGCCACUCAUAACGAGAUCAAAUGUCACAUCCAUAACAUCAGAAUUGUCCAAAUUGCUCUUUUAUGGAAAAUAAAUGGAAAAUAUGGGUUCAUCUGAUACAGUGAUCUUGUAUGUCACUUUUAUUUAAAUGUGAAGAGCACUAAACAUGCAAGUAAAAAGUCUCGAGGUUAAUAAAUGUCACAUAUGACUUGGUAAACAUUAUGCAAUCUAAAUUUCAGUGACAUUUCUAUGUUGCCUAAAACAUUACUUGAGAAGCAUCAUUUUUCAAAAUAGAUAUGGAAAAAAGAAGAAUAUUUAGUGAGGAAAAUGAUCUUAGGAUGUUCAAGCCAACAGCUGUUCGACUAUACAUUCAUACUGUGAUCAUGGAAAUGAAAAGAUGUUUAAUGUGCUGCCCCAGCUGUCUCAUAUUGUCUCAUCAUAAUAGUUUUGUCACUGAGCAGUGGAAAAAAAAAAAAAAAAACGUCUGAUGCAACCCCUGGCAAAUAUUAUGGAAUCAUCACACUUAGGAUAUUCACCCAGCUUUUUCACUUGAACAUUCUGGCUUUGUGAAACAUCUCUCAAACGAAUUAAAUUAUUUUAACUAAUAGCAUAUUUUUUUUUCCAGAUCAAGUGGACUCACUCAAUGUUGAGGAAAAGGUCAUGGACUCACCUUGUCAUUUGCAUUUCUAAAACAAAUACCCGCACUAAGUCUAAAAAUGCAAAUUAGUCUGCAGUUAAAAGAGAGUGCUUAGAGACCUUACCAAGCUGUUGCUAAUUGAAAGGAAACAUGGUCUCAACAAGAGAGUUGUCAAUUAAAAUAAAAGAAAGGAUUAUAAAACUCCUUCAUGAAGGAAAUCCAAUGCAGAGUGUGGAAAAAGAUGUUGGUUGUUCCCAGUCAGGUGGGUCUAAAAUUCAGUGCAAAUAUAAACAAAAUGAGAAGGUUAUAAAAGGAGAACAUAUGGGUAGACCAAGGAAGACGUCAAAGCGUCAAGAUAGAAAACUCAAAGCAGUGUGCCUUGAAAAUAGAAAAUGCACAACAAAACAAAUGAAAAGCAAAUGGGCAGAAACAGGAGUCAAUGUUCGUGACAGAGCUGUAAGAAAUCGGUUGAAUGAAAUGGGAUUUACAUAUAGAAAAGCCGAACGAAAACCAGCACUAACACCUAAACAGAAGGAAAUGAGGUUACACUGGGCUAAAGACAAGCAAUCAUGGAGUGUGGAUGAUUGGAUGAAAGUGACAUUCAGUGAAGAAUCUGCAUUAUUCUGCAUUAGCCAAGGAGAUGAUGCUGGAACCUUUGGCUGGUGCUGUUCUAAUGAAACAUAUAAAGAUGGCUGGCUGGAGAAAAUGAAAAAAUAUCCCCACUCAGUUAUGCUAGGGGGUUGCAUGUCAGGUAAAGGACCAGGGGGGAUGGCAAUCAUUACCUCAACAGUUAAUGCACAGUGAAAUUUUGGACACUUUUCUCAUUCCAGUGAUAGAAAAUAGGCUUGGUGAUGAUGCAUCUUGAGGAGAAGAGUAAAGAGUGUUAAAGCUUUUCUUCGGGAAAGGCGUAUCAUCUCAAUGACAUGGCUAGCAAACAGUCUGGAUCUCACUCUGAUUGAACAUUUAUGGUGGAAAUUUAAAAAAUUGGUCCAUGACAAGGCUCCAUCCUGCAAAGCUGAUCUGUCAACCUCUAUUCACGAAAGUUGGAACCAGCUUGAUGUAGAACAUUGUCUUUCAUUAGUGAAGUGUAUGCCUCAAAGAAUUCAGAAUUCAUAAAAGCCCGAGGAGGAGCAAAAAGUACUAAUUGUGAUUUUUUUUUGUUGAUGAUUCCGUCAUUUUUUCCUCUACUUGAUCUGGAAAAAAUAUGCCAUUAAUUAACAUAAUUUAAUUUAGUUGGUUUGAGGUAGGUUUCACGAAGCCAGAAUGUUCAGGUGUUAUAACAAAAACUGUUUUGUAUCAUAUCUGUGAUUUGAUUAUUUGCUCUGAAGUAAAACAGCGGGGUGAACAUCCUCUAAGGGUGGCAAUUCCAGAAUUUUUGCCAGGGGUUAUACAUGAUAAGCGAUGAUAUAUCCUUCGCUGCAGCAGUGAUUUAGUCUUUUAAAAGAUACAAUAUGAUUAUGCGUUUGGGCGUGAACGUAAGGGAAUCCUCCCUUAUAACAGCUGGCACUCGGGAUAUUUGAGAAAGUGUUAUUUUCCAUUUCAGAUAUCCAUUUCAUCAGUGAAUAAUUCAAUAUGUAGCUUAAAGCAUACCAUAGAUAAUGUACAGAAUGGGUUAAUGUAUAUGCAAGUUUCAAAUAAAAAAAUAAACUAAAACCUACAAGUUUAAAAAAGAAAAAAACACUACAAAAAGUGUCUAAUCUUCAUGUGAGCAAAGUGAGGCAGUGUCUAUUAUUGAACUCAGAAGGAACUCAGAAAAAUUGCAAAAAUGAAAAUUUUAUUGUAUGUUUGUUUUGCAUUUUUGGGAUGUGAAAUGAUAAAGCAGCCAAAAUGGCGUAAGGUUGCCAUGAAUUUAAUAACAGCCGUAGCUGAGGAUUGAUGUAUAGCUCAGUGUAACCUGAGUCUGAUGGCCUGGUGUUCAGUUUUUCAACACCAAGGUCACUCUGUUGGCCAAACGAUGAAUGAGAUGAGUGCUGCUGAAGAGCCAUUAGGUUCAUGAUACUCAUUGCUUCAGGUGAAGGUUCUUGUUUUCCUCGCUCCAGGCUUAUUGACUGUGUUGUGUGACUAUAAGAUGCUAUGACAAUGUCAGCUAUAAACCUAGAAGAAAAUCGCAACUUUCUAGAUAACGAAGAAAGUCUACCAGAUCUGAAACCAUGUGAAAAGGAUACCUUGCUAUCCCAACAGGACUUGGAGGAUAUGUUCAGUAUUAGUUCAGGAAGUCCAUGUCCAAUCAAAGAUGCUCAAACUAACAGUAAAGCCAAAGACAAUAAACAGUCUGAAGUGCUCUCAGGCCAGCCUUUGGACAAACCAGGAAUCCUGGCACAUCUACAACAUACAUCACCACUGGAGUCAAUCAGAGAACUAGUAGAAAUGGAAGAGAUUAGUGAAGGUCGAAGUCCAGGCGAUGGAGCAGUUCGAAUUAAGGAUGAGUGCAAAGAGAAGUGUCCUUCCACACCUAUAAGAUAUGAGGCAUUACCCUCAGAAGGAUGUAGUGAUGCAUUAGAAAGGACUGCUUUGGGACAAGAUUCUAACGCACAACUUGAUUCUGUGGACGCUUGCAGUUCCAUGGAUGAUGUCCCAGUUGGAUCAUGUCCUCCACAAGAUACCUCAUAUAUUGCAUUGAUUCCUGGACACCUGGAGUGCGGUUCUUCUGCCGUGUCUUAUAACCAGAUGCAGGUGGCAGGACACCAGUUGACACCAUCUCACACCAGUUCUGACGUUUUAGAAGUCCAACUGGACAAUCAGUCCACCAUCACGCCACUGCAAGACCUUCAAGAGGAGUCCAUGUGUCCCCGAACUGGUGUAAAAGUUACUCCAAUCAAUGGCAAAUCAGAGGCAGAGAAUAAUAAUCCCAACCUGGAGGGGGUUGAUGGUCAUAUCUGUGAAGAGGAAGGCAGUGUGUCUAACCAGACCCUAAUCGAGGUUCUCACAGCAUGCGAAGCCAGAGUGGAGCAGCUUGAGGAGCUCAAAUCGUCUUCUAUUGAGAUGUCUGCCCAGUUGCAAUCUGCCCGGGUUCUGGCUGCCAGGCUGCAUCAGAGAGUGCUUAACCUGGAACACGAAUGUCAUCUUAAAGACAAGGAGCUCCACAAUCUGACGGUCAACCUUGAGAAGACAAGUGAAGCUCUACAAACGAGAAACUCCGAAAUGGCUGUAGUUACUGAGGAGCUCCACCGACUUCACCUGGAACUGGAAGCGCAGAAGAAAACAGCUGCAGCUGGCAGGACAGUCAGUGCCAACGGGCAGCUCGCUCCAAAUGCACACCAACGCAACGGCAGCUCCAAAGUGUGCACACUGUUUUGAGAACCAAAAAUAUGAAUUCCUGAUGUACAGUACAAUUACCAUCCACUUUAUUAGGAACGCCUGUAUACCUGUUGUUCGUGAAAUUAUCCUCUCAGCCAAUCAGGUGGCAGCAGUGCAAUAUGUAAAAUCAUGCAAAUGCAGGGCAAGAGCUUCAGUUAAUGUUCAUAUCAAACCAAAAUGGGGAAAAAUCUCAGUAAUAUCAGUGACUUUGACUAUGGCAUGGUUGUUUUCCUCCAGCUGGUUUAAGUAUUUCAGAAACCGCUGAGAUUUUCACACACAGCAGUCUCUAGAGUUUACACAGAGAUCUGGCCUGUGCCCACUGCAGCCUCAGAUUCCUGUUCUUGGCUGAAGUCCACAUGCUGACUGUCUACUUAAAUUUGGCCUCAGAAGUCUGCAAUAUUGUCAGAAUGUAGCUACAGCAUUACUCCUGAACUGAAGAGACACUUUGUCCACCGUGUUUUACUUUGAUCACUGUCUUGGCCAGUGACCAGAAUUAGAAUUAUGGUUCCUUGUAUGAAAAGGGUCCACAUGAUGUUUCUUUAAAUUUGUGCAAAAUUAAGAACUUUUUGGAGACAGUUGUCUCUAUGCCAGCUUACAAAGUAUACUGAUUAUAGUUUAUGAAAAUGCUAGAAAUGUUGUCUACCUAUCUAAGGCAUUCUCCUACCUAGUAGGAUGCAGGGACCGUACCAAUAUUUUUGGAAAAAUCCUUAUGGAAAAAAUCACAUCAAUUUCAGUCACUGUUUCGUUUCAAAUCCAAUGUGCAGAGCACUCAAACAAAAACAGACAAAAAUAACAGAUUAGAUGAUAUAUCAUUUUCCUUUAUGUACAGUAACAGUAAAAUAUUUAUUUAUGUACUUAUUUACUUACAUACUUGUUUAUAUAUUUAUUUAUGAUUUAAUGUACAAGGACGUGGAUGUGUUGUGUCAUUGCUUUUUAAAUUCAGAUAAUACCUAUUAAAAUGCCUUUCUUUGCUCUUUACAUGAUGCCCACACACAAACAAUGUCACAUGACAUACAAUGAUACAUUUACACAGAGCGCUUACUGAUGAGCCGUCAAAGUGAUACCGAAACUCUGCCAGAAACCCCCCUCAGCUUUUUGUCUGUAUAGAGAGACUGACUGUGUUGCAGUCCUUCAUUAAAAUUAAAAGCUGGAACAUUAGUAGCCUUUAGGGGUCAAUGUCUUGUCUGCCCUCCCUGAGCCUGAAGGCCCAUUCUCCACACCUGCAAGUGGACCUUUCCCUUGUCAACACUUUCUCUUCUUUAGAAAGCCCUUUGUUUAGCUCAUGCACCACAUACAUGAAUUAUUCACUCUGGCUCAAUUACACUCCAAGAAGAGUCUUGUAUAUAGAAUAAGGAAAAUUCCAUCAUGGUUGGAAUAAUGAUGAUGAAUGCAUUUGAAUACUGAUCAGUAAUUAAAAUAUGUGGUUUGAGUUGUUUUAGGUGUUUUUCUGCCACAAAUCCAGAGAUAUGACAAAAAAUUCUAUUAAAAAUAUUGUUUCAUUUAAAGAAAAUUGGCCUAAUGGUUUUCAUUAAACAUUUUCCCAUUAGGAGUUAUGGUUUUCAAGAGACCGCUUACUCUUGGUUCAGUUACAUAUCCAUAAUAUAUUCAGUGUGUACUUUACUGAAUUAUACAGUAUUUUACUGUAUAUGUUCAGUGUGUAGUUUACUGAAUCAUAUUUUAUUAGAAUAAUUAGUUCUAUUAAAUUAAAGUUCUAUUAAGUUCAGUUCUAUCAUGAAUGAUACAGGUCUUUUGAUAAAUGAUAAAUAUUCACACCCUUUCAAUAUCCACCUAUAGUUUCAGAAAUAUUUGUGUAAUUUCCAAAUUGUGUAAGCUUUCUUGCCAUUAAUAAAACCAAUACCCCAACACAUGAUAUAUUUCUGAAAUGCUUAAAGUGUUGACUAUCUACAUAUUAAAGAAAUAUUUUUGUAUCCUA